AUGCCCGAUGAAGAGAUGGCCCUUGCAGUCCAGAUGGCGGGCAUCGCGUUCUACAUCUUCAACCGCGCCCGAGGAUGCGUCGGGAAUCUCCGGCGGGCCCAUCUGCUCCCGCCGCGGGAGAUCCUCGCGACCACCGCGCUGCCCGACUUUCUCCCCUGCGACGGAGCCUUCGAGAAAACAUGGCGCCGCCCUGGGAGGCUCCAGCCUGCCCCCGCCCGGGCCCUCGCCCACCUCGUCUUCCCCGACGCUCUCCCCAUUUUCGCAGGCCUAGAGGAGCCGUGGCCGCCGCGCCGGGCGUGGCCGCACGCGGCGGCCUCGGCGCCGUGCGCCGCGGGCGCGGUGGCCGCGCGCGGCGGCGCCGUCGCCGGCGGAGCCGCCGGCGAGGCCGGCGCUCGCCGGCGGGGCCGCGGCGCGGCCGUGGGCGGGGUGGCCCGCGCCGCCGUCGCCGGCGGCGCGGCACCGCAGCUCUACAUGGAGCCCUACAAGCGCAAGCUCUAUAUGGAGCAGCUCUGCAACGUCAGGCAGUACUGGAAGUAUACAGCGUCAGUCACCAUGGAGAAUUACAAGCCAUGGAGUACUCGCCAGGGUACCGUGAGCGCUUUCCCGUCCACGCACAGGCAGGACACCGCCGACACAGCGGACCUGGCGCCAGGGGUGAUCGGCCACCCCGAGGUGUUCAUGCCCUUCUCGAAGGUGAUGGAGCCGCUCAUCUUGAGUAACAACGUUCUCUCAUUGCUCGCCAUGUCCGUCUGGGUGAAGCUCUUCAAGUACCUGUGCAUGAGCAGCUACUUCCGGCGGCUCGUCCGCCUCAUCGAGCGGUGCGCCGCCAGGCUCGUGGUCUUCUCGCUGCUGCUGCUCACGGUGUUUUUCGGCUUCGCGGUGGCCUUCUUCAUGGGCUUCGGCGGCACGGUCCAGAACUUCUCCACGCUGUCGGGGUCGUUCCUGGUGCUGUUCUUCCUUCUCAUGGACGGCUUCAACCUCGAGCAAGAGUGGUUCCAGCCUGGGAAGGACCCUUGGAUGCCGAUCAUGUUCGUUGUCUACAUCGCCACCAUCUAUUUCGUGAUGUUGAACAUCUUUGUCGCUGUCGUUCUAGAUGUAUACUCCACAUUCAUCAUCACUCAGCGAGAUCGUGACGGUGCGGAAGAGAGGCACAAUCCGAUGCUGGUCUUCAUCCGAACGUACUACAAUUGGUUGAAGGGCAUGUCGCUUGUCAAGGAGGAGGCCGAGGGGUUUCUCAAGGCCGAGGACCUAUCCAUCUCCCUGGAGCUGCUUCCCGGCAUCGUGCGGCGGAAGUGGAUCGAGAAGAAGCGCAGGUUGCAGAAGAUCGCCUCGGAGGCGUUCGCAGGCAUGGAGCUCUACCCAGACGACCCCACGGUCCCCCACCGGGAGGAGCUGAGAAAACGUCGGCGACCGGGGCCCCAAGACGGAGUGGAGCCUCAGCAGCAACAGCGCGGAGGUGCUCCGAGAGCUCGAAGGCAACAAGACGGUCGACAAGCCGGUGGCUUUCUACGAGGUGCCCCCCGCCGCGAUGACGCAGGAGGUGAGCAAGGAGCAGCUCCAGCGUCUACUCGACGAGGACGAGACGCUGCCCCUGCUGCUCGGCUCCAAGCGGGCGGUCGCCGCCCUCCUCGCCGCCUCGGGGGGCCCACCGCUGCCGGGGCGGAGGGCCGCCGGCGUGUGCGCCCGGAGGCAGAGGUUGAGAUCAUCAGGCGCUUCAAAGGGGAGAUGCAGCCUGGCGGAGAGGACGCGACCCCGGCAAAGUUGCUCCAGCGCACUGUCUUCGGAAAGGUCGACGAGCUCGAGAAGGUUCCGUUCACCAGCAACGAGGAGGAACAGGUACCGCACAUCCCCCAGAUCACACACAUCACCGAGAACAUGAGCAAUUCGGUCAGCGAGGUCCGGAACGAGUUCCGCGCCUCGCUCACUCUCAUCAUCGAGUCCACGGCUGGGCUAUUCGAGCACCUAGUGGACAUCACGCAGGCCAUGGACAACGUUCGGAGGAAUGUGGCCGCCGUCGUCGACCAGGUGCACGAGAACCAGGUGUACAACAAGAAGGUCGAGCCCAGCGAGAAGUCCAGCGAUGAUGACGAGGGCUACGAGGGCUAGGCUCAGAGGUGACGUCGGAGGCCGCAGCUGCUCGCCCCCAUCCGUCCGCGACGCGCACUGCAAGCAUCCAGUUUUCUGAUCCGACGCGCCUCCUCCUCCUCCUCCGUCGACGCUGCUUAGUGCGUCCGGUCAUUCACGUUCGUUUCACCGCGCCCUGAUUUACAAGUGGGUCUUUGCGUGGAAAUCCUUAGUGGGUUACUGCUGCCGCGGGA